AAGGCAGAGCGCGAGAGAGUACUGCUCUGCUCAACAUUCGUUCCGUGUGCUCUGCUCUUGGCAUCUCUAUCUACCCUUCCUUCCACAGAAGCAGAGGGUGUGUGAGAGAGAGAUGAAGGGCGUGAGGGGCAUGGCCGUGGUGAUGGCUCUGGCGUUGGCCGGCAUGGUGGCGAGCUCGUCGGCGGCGGUCUACCAGGUCGGCGGCUCCUCCGGGUGGACCAUCCUCGGCAACGUCAACUACGCCGACUGGGCUGGGAAGCAGACCUUCAAAGUGGGGGACGUCAUCGAGUUCAAGUACCCGCAGGGCAUCCACAACGUGCUGGAGGUGAACAAGGCGGACUACAGCAGCUGCACCAACUCGACGCCCAUCGCCACGCACACCUCCGGCGACGACAAGGUCACCAUCAAGAGCCCCGGCCACCGCUUCUUCAUCUGCGGCGUGCCGGGCCACUGCGCCGCCGGCCAGAAGCUCAACGUCCGCGUGCUCAAGACACAGAAGGCCCGCUCCUCGGCCCCGUCCCCGUCCCCGUCGCCCUCCGCCACCGCGCCGGCGCCGGCCGCGGCGUCCCCGCGCGCCGGAGACACCAGCGAGAGCAGCGCCUCGACCCCGCCCGCCGCGGCGACUUCGUCUGACGGAGGGGCAACGACGACCGCGCCCGCGCCGAAUUCCAACGGCGCCGGCGUCGUCCGCGCGGGCUAUGCCGUGGCAUUGGCCAUGGCCGCGUCCAUGGCGAUGCUACAGUAGAUUGCCAUCCUCCAUUCCGUCGGCCUUGCGUGGAUCUCUCGGUGUCCGAUUCUUUUUCCAGUUAUGCGUGGAGUGUUAAUUCUUGGUACUUGAUUUCCGAUGGUUUGAGGGGAUGUUCGGUUUGGCAAGGAUUGCCGUGGAUUAAGAGUGAUUGAUUGGCAGGACUUUGAGCUAUAUUCCCUGCUAAUCCCUGCCAAACCUCCUCAAACCGAACAGGGCAAGUGUUUUGCACCUUAUCUCUGUUUUUACCCGUUUUUGACUCUGGUGUGUAUCCAUGGAUAUUUUGUACCUGUGUUUCGUAUAUCAACGCUGUAAAAGUUACAUGUUGCA